AUGCAUGCUCAGACUGCCAUCACUUGCGUCCGUCUCUACCCGCUCCUCACCUCUCGAUCUCUCAUCCCUCGCCUCAAUAGCAUACGAGUACGCUCAAGACGCAUCUAUCUCGUGGGCUACACAGAACUCAGUUCCAAACGACGGCUCACUCAACCUUUAUUCUCGGUCCCUCCUUCCGUAUCUCGUCAUGCGACAUCGACCCUCGUCCUAACUCCCCAAUCUCCCCCCCGUGUCAGUGUUCGCUUCUCGUGUUCCGGAAGACAUCUCACCUCCACUCCUCUCGCGAUUCACUCACCGGUCCGGACGUACUCGAGUUCUGUCCCUCUGACGUACAUCGGAAGCCUCAAACUUCUCGUUUCUCCUCGUGCGAUCGCGUGCACACUCGCUCCUCUCCCAAAUCAUCCUCGCACCAAGUUUCUCGGGUUACACUCCUCACUCGUUUCGAUCACACUACAUCUCCCCUCAACGACUCCAUGCCCCUCUCCUUCACUCGGCCUUCGCCUCAAAGCCGACUCUCAUCUCCCUCUCCCCGACCCUCAGUAUCUAUCCAUCUCUCCAUGCUCUCUGCUCUUCAAACUCCCUCACCUGUCACUCAAUCUCUCCGGGAGUCGAGUCUCGGAGCUGGAUCAUCACCUCCUUCUCUUCUACGAGUCGUUGUACCCGGCGCCACUCCUCUCUUUCACACCAUCCGCACCAUAUAUCUGUUACAGCAAAAGAUCUCCUUCCGUCAAUACCAAUCUUUCCUCCUUCACAACCCCUCCUCGUCCCCGAGUACCAUACCGGCAUGUCUCCAAGCGGGCCUCGGACACUUCCUCCAUACUCAUGUCUCUGCUCUCAUCUCGCAAUCGCGGAAUAACGCCUACUCCUACAAUCCACAUCCACUCUCACAUCAACGGUCCAAACACUCCUUCGGCCAAGUAUCAGUCCGAUGCAAAGGACACUCCCUUCCUCCCACCCGACUCCUCAUCCCCUGACCGUCUCUGCACUCUCUCAUCUGCGGGAUCGGGCAAACGAAUAUCUCUAGCGUGCAACUCAUCCAAUACUUACCUCAAACACUCACCGUCCGACCAGAAAUCCUCGCUACGGAUCCGCGCCAGCACUCUUUGUCCCUCUCCUACAUACCAGCGGAAGUUACGACCCUCUCGCGCCGACCCCCAACCGGAUCUCUCAGCACCAAACUUCUUCGUCAGUGGUCCCACGCGUCCCUUCAUCAACUUCUUCUCCAUCAAAGACGUGACGCUCAUCCCCUCAUGCCGAAUUCACACAACUGUCAUCCUCAAAUCGCCGUCCAGUUGGGUCGUAUCCAUCGACUCACAUCGGCUUCACUCGGGAGGCAGCCUCUUCUCUACGUAUCAGCCUAAUCGCACCAUCCUCUAUCAGCUAAGAAGCGAACUCUCUCAUCAACUGCCUCCAACGCAAUCACAAGACGCUCCUCCGUACCCAGUCUCCAAUACACGUAGUCUUCCUCUCUCCCGUCGGCGAUCGACCUACACUCAGACCACUUUCAUUCCAUCACUCACGCCAUUCGUCUCCGUACCGAAAUAUCGACUCGUAAGCUCCUUCGUCGAUCCAGCGGGUCCCGAGCAGAUCAAUCAACCCUCUCCCUCCCCUCUUGCCUCCCGACCCCACACCUCGCGCUCAAUCCCUCCCUCUCGUACCGCUCUACCUACACGGGACAGAGGAACACUCCGAUGA